AUGCCAGGAAAUUAUGGUACACAAGGGAUGAUAGAUUUCAUGAAUGAAAGCAAAUUAAUGGAUCUUUUGAACAGUUCAGAAUAUGUCCCUACUUAUGAAGAUAAGGAUGGGGACUGGAUGCUCGUGGGGGACGUACCAUGGGAGAUGUUUGUUGAUUCUUGCAAGCGCGUCCGAAUCAUGAAGGGAUCUGAAGCAAUUGGACUUGCACCACGAGCCAUGGAGAAAUGCAAGAACAGAUGCUAA